CGGCGCGGGUGCCACCGCCGUUGGGCCACGGCGGCCUUCUCGCUCUGCACGCCGGGCUUGGAGACACCGCGCUAGGGAGGCCAGGCGUCUGGGUCCUUCACACCAGACCUUCAAGCAUCUUUUGCCAAAUCUUUACCACUUGCCACAUGAGUCCAAAUCAUGACGGACGCCAAGUAUGUCCUCUGCAGAUGGAAAGAGCGAUUAUGGCCUGCAAAGGUUUUGGCCAGAACUGAAAUGUCAGCAACUAAGAGGAAAAAGGAAUUUUUUCUAAAUGUUCAAAUACUCUCCUUAGACAAAAAAGUGAGAGUGAAAAGCACGGAAGCCAAGAUUCUGAGGAAGUCCCACAUCGAGGACAUCGCUUCCUUAUUGGCCUCACAGAACAAGGUUUCAGCCAAACCUGUGGAGGAGUUGACCUACAGACGGUCACUUCGAGUGGCUCUGGAUGUUUUGAACGAGAGAACCUGUUCCCCUCAAAAAAGCUCUUCAAGUGAAGAAGGAACUGCUUUGUCUUCAGGAGAGAAGCACGUGGAACUGGCAUCCUCAUUCUGUGAUCCCAACCCUUCAUCUUGUCUCCAUGAGGGGGUGUUGGGCAGUUCCGGACCUGAGAGGAGGGAACGCAUACACCAGAGGCUGUCAGGCUUGUCCACUAGUGAAAAUGACCUCAAGUGCCAAAUGGACCAGAAGAAGGGGUUUGGGGAAAGAGAAAGCCCACUUGCUCUGGUAGUCUCAGCCAGAGGUGACUCUCAGGCCCGGAGUAAAUCAAGAAUACAUCUCAAAAAUGGGACGAUCCUGAAUAAAAGGGGAAGAACUCUGGCACAGGAGCCCAGCAGGUGUCAGAAUGGCUCUUCACUUUCGGUGAGAGAUCUGGAAAGAGAGAGCAAAAAAGAGGCAGGCAGUCCUGCAGUCCUGAGCUCACCUUCUGCAGUUAGGGAGUUGGGUCUGUGUGCCAAAGGUCACCACUCUGGUUCGUCAUCAGGCAACCCCACUAUGCAUCCAGCCUACCCGGAUUCUCAGGGCCCAUCCACUAAGCAGUUGUUCUCUGGUGGCAGCCAGAGAUCUGGGCCAAGGGGAUACAUGACUCUUCGCAGUGCCAGUAGGCUCGGCCCACCCAUCCUCCUCACUCCUUCGGAGGACACAAGUCUUCAUGUCCUGGCGGAAGACCGUCAGUCUUCUGAAGAGUCAAUGGAGUUUGAUCCCAUUAAUUCCAUCCUGGAGGAGGAGGAGGAGGAGGAUGAGGAGCCCCCAAGAAUCCUUUUAUAUCACGAACCACAUUCAUUUGAAGUAGGAAUGCUGGUCUGGCAUAAAUACCAAAAAUACCCCUUCUGGCCUGCAGUGGUCAAGAGCGUCAAGCGGAAAGAAAAGAAAGCCAGUGUCCUUUUCAUUGAAGGUCACAUGGACCCAAAAGGGCGAGGCAUCACAGUGCCUCUCAAGAGGCUGAAGCACUUCGACUGUAAAGAGAAGCAGGCGCUUCUGAACGAGGCCAAGGAGGACUUUGAUCAGGCAAUUGGCUGGUGUGUCUCUCUGAUCACUGACUACAGGGUCCGGCUCGGCUGUGGUUCCUUCUCUGGCUCUUUCCUGGAAUAUUAUGCAGCCAAUAUAAGCUAUCCCGUCCGCAAGUCCAUCCAGCAAGAUCUCUUGGGGACCCAGUUCCCUCAGCUCUGCCAUGAGGACCCCGAGAUGCCUGUGUCCGGGAGUCCCUGGGGCAGGAGGCAGCCCUCCAGAAAAGUCCUGCCUGACCGAUCAAGGGCUGCCCGGGACCGGGCCAACCAGAAGCUGGUAGAGUACAUUGUGAAGGCAAGGGGUGCUGAGAGCCACCUGAGAGCCAUCUUGAAGAACAGGAAGCCAUCCAAGUGGCUGAAGACGUUUCUGAACUCAGGGCAGUAUGUGACGUGUGUAGAGACGUACCUGGAGGACGAGGAACAGCUAGACCUGGUGGUGAAGUACUUGCAGGGGGUCUACCAGGAGACAGGCAGCAGGAUGCUGACGCAGAUCAACUGCGACAGAAUCCGCUUCAUCCUGGAUGUUCUUCUGCCUGAAGCCAUCAUCUGUGCGAUCUCUGCGGUGGACCAGGUAGAUUACAAGACUGCUGAGGAGAAAUACAUCAAAGGACCUUUGCUGAGCUACCGGGAAAAAGAAAUCUUUGACAACCAGCUCCUAGAAGAAAGGAACCAGCGAUGCUGAUGUGGGAAGGCACCGUUGUGUGUAGUGAGAGUCACCAGAGGUCCCUUGUCUGUUGCACACACUUUCUGAAGAUGGGACUGGGGAGAUGUGUACAUCAGAUCUGUCUAUAAAGAUGGUUCUAUUUUCUGGGCUUUUAGGGAAGAUACAGUUCAUGAAAGGUUUUUGAAAGAACAAAAUUGACUUAUUUUGCUUUAUUUCAUUACUUGUGACUGUAUGGAAUAGUUUAA